AUGCCCCUCUUCAUCCCCUUCCUCUUCGCCCUCGCCGGCACACUCACACUCCUCCUCACAAAACAGAUCCGCCAGUUCACAUUCACAGUGCCAAUCCUCAAGUCCAAGUCCAGAAAGCCCGACCGCGUCGUUGUAGAUGGGCAUACAUACUCCGAAUCAGUACAGGAUAACGAGAAGCCUAACUCCGAGAACAAGAAAGAAACUCAACCCUCAACCCCAGGGUCAAGAUGCGCGGUCGAGAGUGUCCGGCGGUGCUGCGUCAUUGGGGCAGGCCGUGAAGGCGCUGUUACGGCGAUUGUCCUCGCAACUCAGAAUACAGGGGUUCAGUUCUGCGUUGUUGAUGGUGACGAGGGUUUGAUUCGGCGCUGGAACUCGGAUGGCCUGCCGUUUUCUGAGACGGGGCUGGAGGAGAUGCUCUUCGACGAUGAGGCUCUUGGUGUGAGGGAUGUUGAUGAGGACAGAACUCCGCAUGAACGAGGAGGUCAAGAUCAAGACCAAGAUCAAGAUCAAGAUGGACUCAACAUUAAGGCGUCCAUGUCGCAUGUCGAGCGGCGCAGGAAACUAUCUAACUUGAGCUUCUCGACCGAUGUCCAUGCCGCGGUUGGAGCAGCGGAUCUUGUCUUCUUGUGUGUUGAGAUGGACGGCGGUGCUUUCGAUACGUCCUCACCACACACCUACCUAAACCCAACCCUGCAAACCAUCGCCCUCACGUCAAAAGGGCCCAAGAUCAUCGUGCACCGUGGUACAGCGCCGUACGGAGCAACAGCAUACAUACAGAACCGGUUAACCGAAUCCUCGCCAGAAGCAACAUACACGGUCCUCACAAACCCCUUCCUCUCCUUCGGUUCAAUACCAUCAACACUACACCCACCAAGCGUGAUAAUCGGGCACAUCUACGCCCCCACUACAUCCUGGUCGGGGAUAACAGCCCUGAAAGACCUGUACUCGUGGUACCCGGAGGAGCGCAUCGUCACGAUGGACGCGUACUCGGCUGAGCUUGGGGCGCUGGCUAGCAAGGCCCUCCUGAUGCAGCAGGUGCUUGCGCUGCGGGGUGUGAGGGCGUUGUGUGAGGGUGCCAAGGCGAGUAAAGGCUGUGUGGGGUGGAUGCUGGGGUGUCCGGAUUUGGAUUUGGCGCGUGGCUUGGGUGCAAGGGGUGGGGAGCUCCAGCUAGGAAGGGAGAUGAGGUGUUUGGUGGGACUUGCGGAGAGUCUGGGGAUUAAGGAGGUGAAGGCGUACUGGGAGGUUGGCAUGAAGAGGAAUCGAAAGCGAACGAGGAAUGCAGGUGUAACCUUCACAUCGUGGUUACGUGUGGAAUCCUGGGCGCCCCGGAAUAGGAAAGAAUGCAGUCUCAACGUCAUCUUCAAUAGAGCACGACGCUUCCUCUGCAGUCUCAACAUCAUCGACAUCGAGCACGACGCUAUUUCUGCGGCCGCAUGA